UAUUGAGUAGUCGAGUGGUUGGUGAAAGUAUUUCAGCAAAGAUGGCAGACCCUACGACUUCACCGAUGGAUGAAUGCCCGUUGUUUGAUGGCGACGUUACUAAAUGUAACACUAUUUAUGGUAUAAGGAAAGCUCUGGCAUCUCUCUCUUUAAUUGGAUGUGUUUUCAUGAUAACUGUGAUCUGGCUAUUUAAGAAGUAUGAACUCUUUGUCCAGAGGUUGAUUCUUUGGCUCACAGUGGCAGCAUUCUUUGGAAGUAUAUCCAAGUUUUUGGAAAGCCCAAGAGAGGAUAGCCCAGUUUGUAACUUUGAAGCUUGGUGGACACAAUUUUGGGACUGGGUGACCCUAAUGUGGGUUAGCUGUAUCACCUUUAACCUUUACUGGAUCACCAUCUGGCAAAUCAACACCGAGAGAAGGGAAAUAUUCUACCAUCUAGUAACUUGGGGGGUUUCCCUGCUCAUGGCUUGUUUACCUUUGAUUGGUAAUCAUUAUGGACCAGCUGGAGCUUGGUGUUGGAUACCAGCAGAGUACCCCUUAUGGCGAUUCUUCAUGUGGUAUGGGCCACUAUUCUUGCUGAUAGUUCUCAUGUUUGUUGUUUAUGCCUACAUCACAUACAAGCUGAGAAGAAGGAUACGAAGCUGGCAGGGGACAUAUGAGCCUGAAAUAGAGAGAAGCAGACAGCUCAUACGAGAGGAGAUCAAGCCCCUUAGAGCAUAUCCAUUCAUCUAUCUUGUGCUUUCCAUCUUUCCACUUAUAAACAGGAUUCAGAAUGCUGUGGCUCCAGACAAUGCCAUCUUUGUGCUCUAUCUCUUCCAUGCUUUGUCCUCUCCCUUGGUUGGUCUGGUCAACGCUAUCGUCUAUGGGCUUGACCCAGAGACACGAAGUCGUUUAUCGUGGACUCAAAUAAAGGGUGCCCUUCAGAAACGUACGGCCCACCAACCUAUCCGGGAGUACCCCUUGGUCUCUGCCCCCGAGACGCCCGAUUUUGAAGACGUCUCAGUCCUGGCGAUGAGACCGUCGAUGAAGAGCAACCAGUACCAGCACUUAGCCAUGGCCUAGCUAGGGUCGUAACCUUUAACCUCAGCCUAUCAUGUUAGUCCAAUGCAUCUAUAUUCAUGUAUGCUUCUGCCUGACUGCCUGUUAGUAGUUCACAUGUAGUCCCUUGCAUGCACUUUUAUGUAAUGAUUGAUCUUUGGUUUUAUGUAUUACUCUGCCCUUUUGUCACCUAUGUACUGUAGAUGCUAGUUCAUUACUCAAUAUAACAUGCACAUAGGUAUGCAUUAUGCUUUUAGAUGCAGUCAACACUCUUUGAACAUAAUGCAUUGCAUGUUGCAUUGCAUCGAUGUUUCUUUGAUGUUCAUGCUUUACAAUACUUUUUCGUGUUGAUAACGAUUAUGUGAAUUUAGAGAUGUAGAAUUUGGUUAUGUUUCAAUUUGAUUUGAUUUUUAAUUGGAUUGAAUUUUCACGCAAGCACAAAUUCACUCAAUUACACAAGUAUUUAGCCAACUAAAGUUGCAAGCCAUUAUGUAUCAUUAAUGAACCCUACAUAUCAUUAGCGAGGCAGUUGUAUAGAGUACUAAUGCAAACACAUAUGUUGUUUAAAUAAUCCUUAAUCCUGAACGAGAAAAAUGGAAAAGGAAGAUGGAACACCCACCUGCUAUCCUUACACAAUUUCCUUGUUCUUUUCCACUCAUGUAGAUGUAUCCUAGAAAGUUUGUUGCCUCUCCCCCCCCCCCCCCCGACAUCAGUAUGCCCUCACAGACAGAACCCAUGUGACAUCGAAUCGAGCAUUGAAUUAUUAAAAGGUCACUGAUAAGUCAACAAAAGAAAAUGAAAAGCUCAUCAAAUAGCUAUUUCAAAUUGAAUUGAAAAGUAAUGAUGACACAUCUUUCACAGGAUUUUCAUUCAUUUCGAUUUUUAAUUUGCCUGUUUAGUUUUCCUACUGUCCUUUGAUACAGCAUUUCUUUAUACGUAUAAUUGUUGUUAUCAUUGUUCUUGUGAUUCUGUUAGUGUUACCAUGACAUUGAUAUUGAUUAUUUUGUUACUGUCAGUCCUCGACUCAUAAUCGUGUCCCAUUAUAGAGACAAUCUCUUUAUGUUUGUUGGUAUCAUUUUCAUGUUGAGUUACAUUAUGAAUUGUUUUAGUUUCUUAGAGUUGUAAUUUUUCUUGUCAUGCCUCUUUUCAACUUGCAUUUCACAUUUUAUAUUUUGUGAAAUGAGUUUGCUUCUGCACAUACUUGACUACCUGACUUAAGCCGUCCACACCAUCACUGGGAUGUAUGAUGGCUUCUGUUUCACUAUGGCUUGCCACACACCUUCCUGUCUUCUGUUAGCCUCAUGGCUUUAAUCAGGGAGUCAACUUGUCUGUUAUGCACAUACCUGUACAUGUAGUUUAUAAUUAGAAUCACAAUUAAAUUUUAUCAGACUAUUUCAGUGUCUGUUCUGUA